AUAAACGCGGUUUCUUUUUAACUGCCCGUGUUUUACAACAUGCAGUGAACAGAAGUUUUGUUUGUUUGUUUGUUUGUUUGUUUUUGUUUUUUGAAAACUUCAAAGCAGGUAAUUAUAAUAUUUUUUGUUGAUAAAAAGCUUUCGUACGGUAGUUUCACAGCGCACGGAAUUUACAGGUCGCGCCGUAGACAUUACCUGCUGUACACGGACUAUUUAUACACGAUUUCGUACUGUGCUUCAACAAAAAAUAGUUUAUUGUGCCCUGUGCAAGAAGUUUAACCGUACGCAAUUUGCAAGUGGAUGCAAGCCGCGAACGAUGUGUUCUGAAGCUGGCUUCCACUACCGUGCGCUGUUCGAGUACAAGAAGGACCGUGGCGAUGACAUUUCUUUGCAGCCCGGUGACAUCCUCACUGUUAAUAAAGCGGCUCUGGUGACGUCUGACUAUCAGGAGGGCGACGAGAGAAGCCCAAGGGGGUGGCUCAGCGGGACAAACGAAAGGACCAAGGACAAUGGAGACUUCCCCGGCACUUACGUGGAGUAUGUUGGACCUGUAAGGGUAGUUCUGACGAACCCAAAGCCCAGACCAAGGCCGGUUCCCCCAACGCCAGUUGGCACCUCUGCGCCGGGACCCAGUCAGGCGGGCAGUUCCUUGGGGCAGGCUGAUCUCCCAGAGCCGGUAACUCUCCCGGAUCAGGCGCCUGUGGUGGUGAUGAGAAUUACUGAGGCGUUGGAGAGACUGGGUGCAGAGAGCGAGUCUCUAUACAGAUCUCCUCCCGGCUCCUCCUGCAGCGUGGAGCUCCAGCAGGCUCUGGAUGCAGACCCCACCUCAGUGGAUUUGGACCAGUAUGACCCUCCCACCAUGGCGGACGCUCUGAAAUGUUACCUGCAGGCUCUGCCGUCGCCAGUCAUUCCAGCAGAGACGUACAGUGAACUGGUCUACACUGCACAAGAAAUGCAGAGUGUGGAGGAGUGCGGGCAGCAGCUGAAGAGGAUCCUGGAGUCUCCCAGCCUGCCCCAGCAGAACCGCCUUGUGCUGCAGCACCUGACCCGGCACUGGUACAAGCUGAGCCAGAACUCCAGCAGAACACACCUGACGCCCAGGCAACUGGGGGAGCUCUUCAGCGAGCUCCUCUUCAAGCCGUCCCUGUCAAGUGCUGACGUAAACCCAGAGCACCAUGUCAAAAUUAUUGAGGCGCUCACUGUGGCUGGAGGGCUGGCAGAGCUGCAGGCUGCCCCAGCUCUUCCUCCAAAGCCUCCCAAACCAAUGACUCCAGUCAGCACAAAUGGGAUGAAGGACACAGCCAGCGUAUCACUGCAGGAAGCAGAGUGGUACUGGGGAGACAUAUCUAGGGAGGAGGUAAAUGAUAAGCUGCGGGACAUGCCAGACGGGACCUUCUUGGUCCGAGAUGCCUCUACGAAGAUGCAGGGAGACUACACACUAACCCUAAGGAAGGGAGGCAAUAACAAGCUGAUAAAGAUCUACCACCGAGAUGGAAAGUACGGCUUCUCCGAUCCUCUGACCUUCAACUCUGUAGUGGAGCUGAUCAACCAUUACCGACAUGAGUCUCUCGCCCAGUAUAACCCCAAACUAGAUGUGAAGCUCAUGUACCCCGUCUCCAGGUAUCAGCAGGAUCAGUUGGUAAAAGAAGACAAUAUAGACGCUGUUGGAAAGAAACUCCAGGAAUAUCAUAAUCAGUAUCAGGAAAAGAGCAAGGAGUAUGAUCUGCUAUAUGAAGAGUACACAAGGACCUCACAGGAAAUCCAAAUGAAGAGAACAGCUAUUGAGGCUUUCAGUGAAACUAUUAAGAUUUUUGAGGAGCAGUGCAACACACAGGAACGCUACAGGAAAGAAUACAUUGAGCGAUUCCGAAGGGAGGGGAAUGACAAGGAGAUAGAAAGAAUCAUGAUUAACUACGAGAAGCUUAAGUCCCGUCUGGGUGAGAUCCACGACAGUAAGAUACACCUGGAGCAGGAUUUAAAGAAACAGGCACUGGACAACCGAGAGACAGACAAGAAGAUGAACAGCCUUAAACCGGACCUCAUCCAGCUCCGCAAGAUCAGGGAUCAGUAUCUUGUCUGGCUCAAUCACAAAGGGGUACGUCAGAAACGAAUUAACGACUGGCUCGGAAUCAAAAAUGAAAACAUUGACGACACCUACUUUGUAAAUGAGGAGGAUGAGAAUCUGCCUCACUAUGACGAGAAGAGCUGGUUCGUGGGGGAUCUGAACCGGACGCAAUCGGAGGACCUUCUCUGUGGAAAACCAGACGGCGCCUUCCUAAUCCGAGAGAGCAGCAAGAAGGGCUGCUACGCCUGCUCCGUGGUUGUCGAUGGAGAGGUGAAACACUGUGUAAUCUACAGCAGCACACGGGGCUAUGGCUUUGCAGAGCCCUACAACCUGUACAGCACUCUCAAAGACCUGGUACUACACUACCAGCACACUUCUCUGGUCCAGCACAACGACUCUCUCAAUGUGCGGCUGGCAUACCCCGUCUACGCACAAAUGCCCUCCCUCCGCAGAUGAAAAGAAACCAGAACUUUAACACACGAGUCGGCCACCUUUUGGAGUUUUAUAUUUUUUACUAGAACAAUUGGGGGGCAUUCUUUCUAAAGACUGCGUGAUUUGCACAAGGAAGUUUUAAAGUUCUGUGAAUGUGAAACGGAAACAUGCCGCCACAGAGACUCGCGAGAGGCACGUCUCGACCCCAGUUCAGGUGAACCUGGUGCUCCCUAAACUCGAGCUGGGACUUUUUUUGUUUUAUUUCUUGUUUUUUCUUCCCUGCUUUUUGGUCAAUGGAAUAAAAGAAGGAAAAAGGUAGUCUAUGUUGGCAUACAGAAUACAGCAGAUUCUUUCCUCCAGGUGUUUGUAUCACUGACACAUUGCUGCUGAACUUGAGGAUUUGUAGUCUUAAGCAACAAGAGGAUGACUGGAGGGUUUUUUUUGGGAGAGGAAGGCGCGCUUUUAGUUUUAGUAAACUGCAACUCCGCUGGACUUCGUUUUCCUACCAAAGAAAACGAGACAGCACUUCAUUAAAGUGGAAGAGAAGGAGACCAAAGGAAUCGUCAGAAUUCAGAUAAAAAAAUCAAAUUAAAAAAAACAGCAAUGGAAACACAGAUGCUUUAUUUUGUACCGAACAUAAAACAAAGUUUUGGCUUCGUGCAGCACUAUUAUAAAAAGAGGAAAAAACUUUUCUUAAGAACGUAUUCUUAACCAAAACGUACCCACCAAAACUUUGUUCGUUGUUGGUUUUAAGCACUUAUUUAAAAAUAAUAAAAAUGUUUGUUUGUUUACAGCCGCACAUUUCAACACCAAAAUUUAAGUGUGGUUUAAAAAAAAAAAAAAAAAGAAAGAAAAGCAAGCCUUUGUCUCCUUUUUAUUACAAUUGUAGAAUUGUUUUGUUAUGGUCUGUAUUGCUAAAAUAGAACAUUUUAAAAUAAGCUUUGAAUUAUCACAUACCAGUAUAAAAUGAAGCAGGUACUAAGGUUGUUGAUUUAAAAGAAGAAAGGAAAAAAAACUGUGGAUGGUGGGGUAUUGGUCUACUUUGAAAGUUGUGCUGUUGUAUUUUGCAUAUUGUUACAAUGGGAGUUUUUACACCAUGCAUAAUUACACUGCUGACUUUGUAACCAGCACUAUUUUUUACUACAAGAAUUCUGUUAGAAUGAUGCUUACGGUUUUGCAGUUAACAAGUAGCCUAUCCAUGUAUUCUAGAUUAGAAACCCUUUUUUUCAUUUAUUUUGUAGAAGGCUUGUUUUACAAGAGCCUGUCAUUAGGUCGGUUCCAGUGAGGAUCACAUGCAUUUGCAAACCUGCUUACAAAGUCAGACCGUAUUCAGAAUACCAUGUAGUGAGAUGGGUUGAUUUAAAACAAACCCCUAAUUAAAAAAAAAAAAAAAAAAAAAAAAAGUGUGUGUAGUAAUAAUAAUAAUAAUAAUAAUAAAAUAUAUAUAUAUGUUAAUGAUUGUCGAGGGGCUGAAUUAACUUCCUUGCUAAUGAUUCAGUGGAAAUAAUAUCAAUCUAGAUGGGACCCCUCUCUAAGCCAGACAAAUUGUAGAAACCCCAGCACUCUCUACCGAAAUGAUAGAAGUUUUGCUUCAGGAAAAAAAAAUGUUUCUUUGGAAAUCCUAUUUUGAAAGGCCGAUAUAAAGAGUAAACUCACUGUCCAGAAGUAUAUUCUCGUUGACUAGUUCUUGUUUUGCAGUAUAUGUGUGUGUGUGUACAUUAUAUAUAUAUAUAUAUAUAUAUAUAUAUAUAUAUAUAUUAAAAAACUAAAAUAAUUCUUUCCUUUUACAGCUUAAUGCACUAUGAGCUAAUAUGGACUGGGUGUUAACGAGGGUAUAAUAAUGAGACUCCAGGCAGGGGAUUGUGUUACAGUGUAAACCUCCUUCGUGUUUUUGUGGUAGGAGCGGUGGUCUUUUUGUAGAUAUGUUAGACAUUUACUCCAGCUCUUUUUAACCCUAGCUCUCUUUUGGAUAUUUCUGUAACAAGACAACUUGCUUGUUUGUUUGUGUUAUUUUUUUAUUUAUUUUUUUAUUUUUAUUUUUUUUAAAGUACAGUAGAUGUCUACAACAGAGGAGGGUGAGGGUGGGUGGUACCACUGUUUUCAAAGCAAAUUCUUUGUGACCUGCAGAUUCAGGGCCUCUGUUGCCUAGCAAUCUCAAAUGAAACCCUUUUGAAUGUGCUGGAAUCCCUUGCAUGGUCUACUCGGCUACCAUGAUGUGAUGUUUAUGUUGUAUUGGGUGUAAGCAGUGCCUCAUGCAGAUUGUCUUUAGAUAGCAUUUUUAAGUGGAGGAACAUAAACAGGAGAAGGCUGAUCUGUGCUGGAAUCGGAGCUGCUCAAAAUGCACGCCAUGACAGAUUCUGUUACUGUCGGAGUCUCCUUUUUGUUGUGUGUUUGUUUGUUUGUUUAAGGGGAGCUUUCACUACAUUUUGUAUAGUGGAAACAAGUCUCCUUUAAACAUGAACCUCUCCCCUCCAAACAAUACAGAAAAGACCCUUUAAGCUCAGUUCAUUCUAAAAUGAUGAUCAUUCUUCUAUUCCCCUACCCCCAGAAAAAAAGAUGUAGCAGCCGUAUGUUGUGUGCUCUUUAGAAGGAUAAGCAGAGCAGUGUUCCAUGAUUCCACCCAUACACUGUGUCACUGCCUCGAAUUCUGGCAAAAUGUUCACUGUGCGAACCACUGGAAACUAGCCAGGUGUUUCCAUGGAUGCUGUCGUGACUUUCUAGAGCUGUUACAUAAAUGUAACUUUUUUUAUUUUCUUUCCUUGAGUGAUUUAAGCAGGGCAUCAAAGAAAUCAGCCUGCUUUCUUUUACUUGAACAAUUGCUCAGUGAAUGUCAUUUUUUCUUUUUGUUAAUAUAUUUUUUUGCUCUAUAUAUGCAUAUGAGUCCUAUAAACAUGAAUGAAAUAAGUGGAGUGUUGGGCAUUUUAAGGAACAUAAUUGCUGUACUGAGUUUGAGCCCCCUAAUGUAAAUGGUUAUACAGUAUACUACUUUAAAAACAAACAAAAAAAACUCUUAAUUCCAAUCUUCAACCAUGCACUAGGUGCCUGUGUGACUUGACCUACCAUUAUACACUAGCAAACCACCUGCCUGCCUUUUAACACUAAAAAUGGCCAGCCUUGUGUUUUUUUUGUUUUGUUUUUUGUCCAUAUGUAUUUGCACAUUUAAGCUAGACUGAGCAGUCAGUUCUCUUACUUUUUUUUUUUUUUUUUUUUUUUUAUGAACGACUGGCGUUCUCUGCGGGGCAGAAAGCGUUGUGAUUUGUGCUGAUGAGUGGGUUAUUGGUUUUCCUGUUCUCUGUAAUAGACAAAAAUAAGAAGCAGUAUCUUUUUUUGGGGGGGAGGUCAAGUGAUUUUAAUGUACUGGGACAGCAGACGGAAUGUAAUCUUGGUUUUAAGGAAAGAUGGGAAGCUCCCGUGAUUACAAGGGUGUUUGUCACUGGGCUGAACCUGCCAGUCAUCCAUUGUAUUCGGUGAGAACCACAGACCAAGCUGCAGCAAGUUUUUUGGUUUUUUUUAUGUGACAUUUUGGGAGAAAAAAAGGGAUACUGCAUUUAUUUCAUUAUUUUUCAUGAAAGCCUGGCUGACGACCUCUUUUUGCAUAUUUACAAAAACCCAGCAUGUAUCUUUGGUACUCUUGACUGUUGUUUUUUUGUGUAAUAAUAAUAAAAUGUUCUGCUGUCUGUUAA